UCCUUGCCAUCUUACAACGCCGCAUGUCCCGCCUCUCACCGUCACCGUGAAAGGCGCUGCGACUUCAAUGUUCCCUCUGCCCGUCCUCGACACCCGGGGACACAUUUUACUUUACAGGCAAAUUUUCUCCUCAUCCCGUUUUUUUUCCCCUUGUGUUUUUAUCUUUUAAAUUCUCUUGAAGAAAAUCAGGACUACUGCAGUUUCACCUCCCCCCCCCUUCCACACACUUCUCCUGGGAAACAUUCAAGUCGCAAGCCAUGCUACUACCCUCAUCACUACUCCUCCUCCUCGGCCUCCUCACCUGGAGUCCCAGUGCAUUAUGCGCUAAAGUGAUUGUGGUCCCGCCCAUCAUGUUUGAAUCACACCUCUACAUCUUCAAGACUCUGGCCACGGCUCUGCACCAGGAGGGCCAUGAGAGCCAUUUUCUAGUUUCAGAGGGUCGUGAGGUCCCCCCCUCUCCUCACUACCACUUGCAGCGCUAUCCAGGGAUCUUUAACAGCAGCACAGCUGACAGCUUCCUCCAGUCCAAAGUCAGCAACAUCUUCUCAGGCCGUCUGACAUUUCUGGAAUUGUUUGACAUUCUUGACCACUACUCUCAGAACUGCGAUGCUGUUGUCGGCAAUGCUGAGGUAAUGACCCGCCUCAAGGAGGCCAAGUUUGACCUGCUGCUGGUGGACCCUAAUGAGAUGUGUGGUUUUGUGAUAGCACACAUCCUGGGUGUGCAGUAUGCUGUGUUCAGCACAGGCCUGUGGUACCCUGCAGAGGUUGGUGCCCCAGCCCCGCUGUCAUAUGUACCUGAAUUCAACUCACUGCUGACAGACCGCAUGUCUUUGGUCCAGAGGAUCACAAACACUGCUGUUUACCUGGUGCAGCGCUUUGGAGUCCAUUAUAUUGCAUUACCUAAGUAUGACCGGAUUAUGAAGAAACAUGGAGUGAAGCCUCAAGUGGCCAUGGCUGACUUGGUGCAAGGCAGCCGGCUGUGGAUGCUAUGCACUGACAUGGCUCUGGAGUUCCCCAGGCCCACCCUGCCACAUGUGGUGUACAUAGGAGGCAUCCUCACCAAGCCCCCCAACCCACUGCCACAGGAUUUCGAGGCGUGGGUGAAUGACACACAGGAGCAUGGCUUUGUGGUUGUGUCGUUUGGAGCUGGGGUCAAGUACCUUUCCCAUGAUAUUGCUUACAAACUGGCAGGAGCCCUCGCCAGGCUGCCCCAGCGUGUCGUCUGGAGAUUCUCUGGAGUUCCACCCAGUAACCUUGGCAACAACACCAAGCUUGUUGACUGGAUGCCUCAAAAUGACUUGUUAGGCCAUGCCAACACGAGGGCCUUCCUGAGCCACGGCGGCCUGAACAGCAUCUACGAGGCCAUGUAUCAUGGGGUGCCGGUGGUAGGUGUGCCCUUGUUCGGAGACCACUAUGACACCAUGACUCGUGUGGCAGCCAAAGGUAUGGGCAUCAUGCUACACUGGAAGUACAUGACUGAGGAAGACCUCUACACAGCCCUGACCAGCGUCAUCAAAGACACCAGGUACCGCCAGCAAGCACGUCUUCUCUCCAACAUUCACAAAGACCAGCCGGGCCACCCUGUGACCAGAGCUGUCUACUGGAUCAGCUACAUCCUCCGUCACCACGGUGCCAAUCACCUGCGCUCCGCCGUAUACGAGGUACACCCUUACCAGUACUUCCUGCUGGAUGUGAUUGUCACUGUAGGGGCUGCCUUGGCUCUGAGCGGUUUUGCCCUGCACCGGUUGGUACGGUUGCUGAGGGGGAAGGUUGGGGACCCGAGCAGAGUAGGGGGUAACACCAGGGAUGAUGGGAACAUGGCCAACGGACAUUGCCAUAAUGAGAGCAUGGCUAACGGGAAACACAAACGCAAUGGCUCCUUGAAAAAUGAGAAGAAGAUGAAUUAAUGUUUUGAAUGGCCAAGAUGGACGAGGAAGAAGUUGCCCCAAGGACUCAGCUCUAGGUUUGGUUUAGUGGUUUCAUACAAGCCUGAAAGAGAAAGCUGUUCUUAGGUCUGCGUCGAGAGGCAACUGCUACUCAGAGCGAGCGAGAGGCUGUAGGAGAAUACACAAAUGCAUCAUGUGGGGACAGAGCAAGGCAUCGGGUGCUCAAAAUCUGUGUCUGUGUGUGUGUGUGUGUGUGUGUGUGUGGUGUGUGUGUGUGUGUGUGAGCGUGUGGGUGUAUGUGUAUGUGUGCACUGAGGCAAAUUUAACGAAAACUCUUAACAACAGCAGCUACAGCAACACAACACCAAAUUGAAAAGUCAUCGAGGAUGAAACACAGGAAAGACACAUUGGGCAGGACAUUGUUUCUACACGUGCGUCUUCUCUCCUGCAUGUUCUCGUCGUCUUCCCGCCUUUCUGUCCACUGGAAGGAUGAUGAAGAGGGGAGAACCCGAGCGCCAACCCCUCAUCCUCAGAACAAAGCAAGAAAAUAAAACGGAUAACUUUUGAAAUAUUUAGGAUUUAAUGUUUUUAACGGCAAACUCUGCUUCAAAAUAUGUCUGGUGAACUGUAAAUAGAGGACAAAUCUAUUUAUUUCUGUACAAAUGCAUUUUAAUUAUGGACCUUUUGAUCUUAUUUUAAUUUAUUUCAUGUGUCAGUGGUGUGAUAGCAUGAUGGUAGACUCCCUUCACUAAGCCAACAUCUUUCACAACACUGUGUCCUUCAUAUUGGUGAAACAAAUAAAACAAAACCUGAGAGCAGCAGUUUUCAUAAGCAUGCACAGAUCUGCAUUAUCCACAGUAUUUACGGUGAUCUUGCUUUCAAACUGAGCAGGGAGUUGGAAACAUUUUCAUCGUUUCCCCUUUUUGCGUGGUGGCGCCGAGCCGUGGCACUGCCAGUUUGUUCUGGUGGUAGAGAACAACUCCACAGAACUCUGUUUGGCAUAUCAGUGUGAAAAGGGUGAUCGUGUUAUUAUCAAAGGAUAAAGUGUAAUAAUGAUUACUGUGAAUACUGUGGAUGGGCAGGGCCAGAUAAGAAAUGUGCUCAGGCUUGUCAAGUCAGGUGAUCAGGGAUGAGUCAGAGCAUUAUUGAUUUAUGAUUACUUGCUCCAUCAGUUCCAUGCCUUAAUUCUGCACCCCUCAUCUAUUUAUUAAUCAUGAAGGAGUCAUCACUUGAUUGCCAUUUUUAGCUACACUUGACUUUGUACAUCAUACCUCUGUGAUUUAUUUGUUGGAUAAUUUCUAACAUGUCGCAAAAGCUAGUUUUAAAUUACACUCAAUGUUUCUCUUCUGUAAGUUAAAGCCUGUUUAUUUACCAUAGAUUUAGCUCUUGAGGUUCAUGUACAAACUAGGCAGACCUUAUAUAAUUAUUUUAACUUUGGGUCAGAAUGAUUCACAUUCUCUAUGUGGCCUUUUAUAAUGCAAAUAUUUGUGUAUGCAGUAUGCUUGAAUACCAAUGUGUAUGUGUGCUUGGUAGUUUCAGUGCUUGUGUGUUUUAGAUCACUGUACAGCUUUAGCUGGAGUGUAUGGUUGAAACAAAGCAGAUGAAGUAUGCUUUAGCCCACUCAGAGUCAUGUAAAAACAAUUACUGGUUUUACUUAUUCUCAUCAUGCAAGGUGUAUGCCUAUGCAAAGGAUUCUCUCUAUUACUUCCAGCAAGACUGAACUUGCUCUCAGCAGCUUUUUUUUUUUUUUUAAAGUUCACUCCACAUUAUUUUACUCUUGUUUCUUGGCCAGCAUUAAGCCAUCAUGCCUGUUAAUUCUGAAUGCAGAUGGAGGAAGGGUGUAAUAGUUUGACAAGAAAGGUGAAAACCACAACUUCUACAGUGAAUAAUAAUGUGUUGAAGUGACACUGAUCCAUGCUGCAAAAUUCUCUUUUCUCGAACCCCUGUCAGGGAGAUCAAAGUACAGGGUGAGCUAGAAGGGUAGAGUUGUGGACUCUGUGGGGAUUUGGUGUCUUGCUAAUGGACAUUUCAGAAGGGCAGGUGCUCGUGGACAUGGGACAUUAAAAUCCCAUGAACAUGAGGCUUCCAGUUGGACGGUUUGUCAAACCACCGGGCCACGCAUUUUCACAUAUUUUCCUCUAUUGUUCCAGCAGCACAGUCCAGACAUCCACUUUUUAAAGGCAUCCCGGCAAAGACAUUGUUUACCAACCUAAUAACAACUCAUGCACAGAGAAAAACAGCUAUGUAAAUUUAAAAGAAUCAGAGGAAACGCCAUCACUUAACCAGAGUUGUUGAGGAUCUAACAUCCAACCAACAUUUGUGUGCUUCAUGAUUUUCCUUUCUCUGUGAGCUACAGUUACACUUGCACAGCCCAACCCAGCCCUGCUGAAAACAGAACCUUUUAUACUUGAAUCAUCAUCAUCAUCUUCAUCGUCAGUAACAACUUCAGCUGUCUGGUGUAGAUGGGCCUGCAGGUGCUUCACAAGCUAUGACCAGAGUCAGGAGAGAAAAAAAUAGUCCGGAAGAUAUAUUUUUAUUAUCAUUUGUUCAGCAUUAAUGCUGUUAUAGCCCACAUAGUUAAAUGCCUACCCAUGCCCAUCCUUUAAUUCUCCCUUAUGUCACUGUACUUACUCUGCAGUUUGACAUGUCUCUGUUCUUUUGACGUUUGUAUUUCAUCCGCUUGAAUACUCUCUUUGUUCUGUCUUCAAUUGUGCACCCGCUUGUUCCAUUUGUCCACCUCUUCUCUUACUCUUAACUUCCUGGUGUGUUCUGCAGUCUUUGUACUCUUGUCUCUAUCUUCCUCCUCCCCCCUAAAUAUUAGAUGUCAUCACUUACUCUACUUUCUUUUUUUUAGAUUUCAUUUUACUUUGAUUUUAAAAUGACAUAAAGUCCUCAAUUUUCCUGUCAUGUGUGUCCAUGUUGUAAAUAGAACGAUGUAAACAAAAUACUAAUGAUGAAUAAAAAUUACAUAUUUUGUUUGCAGA